CUCACCAAUCCAAUCAUCAACCUUGAGCAAAUUCAUCGUCAGCUCAUUAUAGCAUCGUCGGUGAAGUCGGUGCAUCUGCUCGCUUUUCUCUUCCGACUUCCGAAUUCUACCCUACUGCACUCCCUCAGUCUUUGCUCGCGGCCAACAGCUCACGGGAGGGCCCGUACAAUGUCCGGCCAGGUGUUUGCGAAUGAAGCGACCGCCGCCUCGCCCGCACAUGCGUCGGAGGAGCCUCGCAGCAACGACACGACCACAAUAUGCAUCGACCCGCAGAGCAGCACCAGUGACCCCGUCCGCAUUGACCCUCUUCUGCCUGCCGAGGACGUCGGGGUGGUCGUCGACGACGUUACGGAGAAUGCAGAGUCCUCUGACUAUGCAGCAUCCUUCGUGGACGACCUUGACAUGUUUCCAGGCGACGACGACGACGACGACGAGGUGCCACCCGGCCCCGCACCCCUUCUCGCGCUCAUUCUUGACACAGAGACGGAGACGGAGACGGAGACUGCGCCGGGUGACAUGCAAAACUUUGACGACGCCGACGUGGCUGUCUACGCCGCGGCUGACCGGCUUUCCCUCGACACGGCUGAGGACGAGGCCACGGGUGCCCAGACGACGAAUGAUGCUGACAGCCUAAUGACGGGUACUGAAAAUCAAUCCAUCAUCACACUUGACGCUCCCUCGUCCCCGCGUGAUGAACGAGUUCCGUCGACGAGAACUAUCAUGACGGAGGAUCUCCGGCUCGCUUUUCAGAAGCGUUUUGGCCGCACAUACCCAUCAAGAGACUACAUCCUGCCCAACGAUUGGGAUGAGUGUAUCCGUCUAGCUAUCCAACAUCAUCUCUGGCUUUACACGUACAACAAACGCCUUGCCAAUUCUCCUAAAAGGGAGCGUGCGGCGCGCGUGCUCGACUGUGGAACUGGCACAGGUCACUGGGCCUCGGAUUUCGCUGACGAUCACCCGGAAGCUAUUGUCAUUGGCGUGGACCUAAGCCCUAUACAGCUGAAUGCUGUGCCCCCCAAUCUCUUUUACGAAAUCUACGACCUGGAGCAGCCUUGGCCGUGGAGGGAACCCUUCGACUUCAUCUUCUUCCGCCACAUGAACACCGCCUUUGCCGACUGGGUUGAAAUCUUUGAAAAGGCUCUCGGCCACCUCGAGCCCGGCGGCUACAUUGAACUCCAAGACAACUCCUUCCCCAUCAUGUGCGACGACGACACCAUGCCCCCCAACAGCGCCAUCGCGCGGUGGUCGACCCUCCUUAUGGAGGCCACGGAGCUCAUGGGCCGCCCCUGCAACGCCCCCUCGAGCUUCAAGCAGCUGCUCGACCUGGCCGGCUUUGAGGCUAUCAUCGAGGAGAAGACGAUCUGGCCCAUUGGGCCCUGGAACGCCGGCAACAACCACCCCCGCGACAGGGAGAUUGGCGUCUGGUGUCGCGAGAACUGCCUCGAGGCGCUCGAAGCGUCGACGAUGCAUCUCUUUACGCAGUUUUUGCACUGGUCCGAGGAGGACACGCGCGACUUUUGCGACGAGGUCGAGAGGGAGAUUUGCGGGGGUGGUGUUCAUGCUUAUUUUACCGUGUAAGUGGCAGCUUGUGGCCCUCUGUGCAGUGCUCGCGCGAAACUUGGACUGACGGUUAUUGCAGAUACUGUGUAUAUGGGAGGAAACCCUACGCCUGAGACUGGAUGGGGAGAGAAGGGCUGGGAGAGGAAGAGGAGGAGGAGGAGGAUGUGCAAUUUUGUUUUGAAUUAGAUCUAGUCAUGAUACCCUUGGGAUACGGAUUACUGUAGGCUCUUUUGUCUUUUGCGCGGCGCUGGGGGGGGGGAUAGGAGGUAAAAUCU